CACACACACACACACACACACGUAUAUAUAUAUUUGUAUAUAGCUAGAUGUGAACCGGUUGGAACUAUUAUAAAACCAAGCCUGUUUCCAUCACGCAGGAGUAAUAAUGGCGAGUCUGCUAGCCGUGCAACCGGUGAUGAUGCAAGGUAGGAACUCGUUCGAGCUCUACGGUUACGACGUGAUCCUCGACGAGAGUCUGACACCGUGGCUUCUCGAGGUGAACGCCUCGCCCUCUUUAAGUGGCACCGACACCGAGGAUUAUCGUCUCAAGUUCGAUCUCAUCGACGAUGUCCUCAACAUCAUCGAUCUCGAGCGUCGUUUUACAGGCAGAGAAACCAGGAUCGGUGGCUUUGAUCUAAUUUGGUUUAACGAUGGACCAGUAUGGACGACCAUUGCGAAUUCAUCAAUUUGCGGACAAAAUCGAUAUUUCGUUAAAAAAUUGAACGUAUUCUUGGGCGCAAGAAAUGAUCGUAUCAAACAAUUAUACCGAUUGCACGAGAUAUUGAGGGAGAUUAAGGAGAGUAAAGGAAAUAUCGAAAUGGAGAAUUUCCUUUGUGAAAAUCUUUAAAGGAAAAAAAAAAAAAAAAAAAAAAAAAAGAGAGAGAGAAAAAGAAAGGACGAAAAAAACGAGGAUAAUAAAGUCGACCGAUUAAAUGUGUCAAUUAAGGAACUUUAAUAUUUAAAUAAGGAACUUUAUAACUAUAUUUAAAAACUUUCGAAGUUAUCGUAUUACCUAACAACGUAGAUAAACGAUUUCCAUCGUAUUCUUCAAGAUUUAUUCGAUGUAUCCAUGUCGAAAAAUAUGUUUUGAUCUUGAAAAUAUAUAAAUGUCGAACGUAUCAUAUAUAUAUAGAUACUAUCUACGGUAAGGAUCUAUCGUAAACUCGGUGCUCGAAGUAAAUGUGGCUCGUAUAAAAUCUUGAAAAAAUAAACUCCUUAGAACUAGAGAGAUCUUUUUCUUUUUUC